AGAGCAAGAUCACGGUUGUUUAUUUGGAUUCUUGUUACGGCAUUCUUAAUUAGGGCAUUGUUACCUACAGAAGGUGCGUGUGCAUCUUCAUUAGCAUACUGCAGACUGUGCGAUGUGUUCGUGAUCGUGAAUUGUAUUUACACAGCAGUUUCGCGCCUCGAUUAUGAUUAAAUUAUGUUUCGGAAAUUUUCGCCCUCGCGUUCAACCAAGACUACUAUUUUUAUCCAAUUUUUUUAUCUAUUGUAUAAUCUAAAGUUCACCGGUGGUAUACAGUUGCAAGGUGUUUCUGAUCUCAUACAUAAUUUCGAGGCCAUGGAUCCCGAAGUACUGAAUUUGCUCACUUUUAGUAACAAACCCGCGUACAGGAAUAAAGAAGAUGCGUCCGAGAUCGACAUCAUGGAUAUAGACACGAGUGAUAUUUUGAACUGUUUCAGUACCUAUUCGUAUGCCUGUUUUCAGAAAAAAAUAUUAAUUUAUUUGGAUUCGUUGAAUAGAGUAGAAAGGAUUAAUUUAUUCGGCGGGUAUUUAUCAUUUGUGAGGGUAUCGCAAGGACUUACGCCGCCUAUUACGGAACAACUGUUGGCGUCCAGGCAUAUAGCCGAUGAAAAUACACUCAGUACUUUGUUGAAAGAGGUUUUCGAAGAUUUCGUCGAUACUCACGUGCUUAGGAUAACGGUUCCGGUGAUAAAUACUAGACUGGAUGCCAGAGGUGCCAGAGGACAUUGUUACGAUUUUAAUUUGGCUGAGGCGAAGGAUGAAAAUGGUACAGCAGGAACACAAAAAGCAGCCAAAGAUCCAACAUGUUACAGAGGAGACCAUGGUAUGAUGGCCUUGAGUUCAGCGAUGGUAAUGAAGAUGCUCAUGCUACUUCCAACCGUACUAAAAAUAAUAGCAGCUAAGGCUAUUUUUGGUUUAGUGAUGGGUAUGGUAUCGGUGAUCCUUUCGAAAAUGGCCCUAUUACCUUUACUUUUAUCAUACGCGAACAAGCCUCCAGUCCACGUCAACGCCAACAUUGCACCUACGACAGGAUCUUACAGACAAGGAGUCAACCCAACUACGUUCUCGCUGACCACAGACAGCUACAACACAUACUAUCAACAAGAAGAACAACCAGGACGACUAACCACAGCUAUAGGAUCCAUAGACAACGACAUUGGUCCACUCGACUACGGUCCAACAGCCAUAAGCAGCGACAAUACUUGGUCUGAGAGUAAAUUUAUCAAUAAGAAUUACAACGUUGGGAACAAAGAUGUCAACUAUGUGCCCAGAAAAGAAGGGUAUAGGUCGUUGGGUCGUCGCCAUAUCAGUGAACUUCAACGUACUCCUUAUUCUGAAGUUGUAUCCAAUAACGAUAAGUACCUAUUGACUACAGGAGCUCCGCGAACUGAACGAAUGGAAAAAGAACUCCAAUUUCCUGUACGUAUGAAACGAUGGUUAAAUCCAAAAUUUAAACAAGAAAAUCAACUAUCAGUUUGAAGAGGAGGUAGAGGAUGGAUGACUAAUGAUGCUUUAUUUUACUCUUCUCCGCGAAUUAUUACUUCGGGUUCUUUGUUUUUUAUUCCAUAAUAAUAAUUCCUCGUGUAAUGGUCUGAUUACGAUACUCUUGUAUAUAUUUUUGCAAUAUUUAUUCCCCCUUCUUCCCUUUCAUUUCCUUCCUGUUCAGUUUUUUAACGAGUCAGAGUCAAUUUAACACCGAAACUAACCAAUCGCGAGGAAGAAUGUACAAAAUUAAAUUAAUUAUUGGAAAUAUAGAUAUUUAAUGUUA